GGCACUGGUGUGCUGCUACUUUGCUGAGCAACUGGGAAGUUGCAGACGAGAGAAAAUUCUUGGGGAUUCGAGGGGCCAGAAGUUGGAUGACCCCCCUUUGGAAAAGUCAGCCAGCCCAAAGAUGUUCAGGAUGGAGCUGUACGUUUGGCUGUUGGCACUCUGCGUUGUUGCCGCAUCUGCCCAAACGUGGCACGAGGACCCCAAGCUGAACAAGUAUUGGGAACUGUGGAAGAAAAAAUACGGCAAAGAAUAUCAGAAUAAGAAUCAGGAGGAUCAGCGCCGGAUGAAUUGGGAAAAGAACAUACAAUUUAUCUCCUUGCACAAUCUCGAAUAUUCGCUGGGCCUGCAUUCUUAUGAGCUUGGCAUGAAUCACUUAGGAGAUAUGACCAGCGAGGAAGUCACAUUGCGGCUGACGGGCUUGAAAAUUCCGUCCUGGUGGAACCAAAAUUCUACAUCCCACAAAUCGACCUUAGACGCUGGCAGCAUUCCUGCUUCCAUAGACUGGAGGGAGAAGGGAUCUGUCACAAGUGUUAAAAACCAGUAUGCGUGUGGCGCCUGCUGGGCCUUUAGCGCAGUUGGUGCCCUGGAAGCACAGUUAAAAAGCAAGACUGGAAAGCUGGUGUCGCUGAGCCCGCAGAAUCUUGUCGACUGCUCCAGUUUCUACGGAAAUCAUGGCUGCAAUGGAGGCUACAUGCCGGCUGCUUUCCAGUAUAUCAUAGAUAAUAAAGGCAUCAACUCGGAGACUUACUAUCCAUAUACAGCCAAGGACGGACUAUGUCGCUAUAAUCCUGCUGCGCGGGCUGCUACCUGUUCUCAAUACGUAUUGCUUCCAUCUGGAAAUGAGACCUUCCUGAAGGAUGCUGUAGCCAGGAUUGGGCCGGUGUCAGUUGCCAUUGAUGCCAACCAGCCAACAUUCUUUCUAUAUAAGCAGGGCAUUUACAAUGAUCCCAGAUGCACCGCUCGGCAUUUAAAUCACGCUGUCCUUGUUGUUGGAUACGGAACGGAGAAUGGCAUGGAUUACUGGCUUCUGAAGAACAGUUGGGGAACCACUUUUGGCAACAAAGGCUACAUUAAAGUUGCGAGAAAUCAAGGAAAUCGCUGCGGCGUUGCCAGCUAUUGCUCCUAUCCACGAAUUUAGAUGGCAUCUCCAGUUUGCAGUGGAUAUUUUCUUCUCUUGAGGAGUCCUAUUAGGCAACUAAUCUUAGCCUCUUAAAUAUAUAUGGAUAUAUAUAUACAAAUCCAACUGUUGCAUUUGGGAAGACCCAGAUGCUGCAGUUCCUUCGGCUCCACCUGGUAGAUCUGAGACAAGCAGCCCAAAUGAGGGUUUAUCUGGGUUUAGUCCGGUAUUUGCUAACGAUCCCAAGGGCACCGCCAGGCUUAAUUGGUUAACAAGGGAAUGUCUGCCAAUCUGCUUUGAACAACUAAAGAGCACCGCGUAAUUGACGAGGAUUUCCAUUCUGGCCACCUGAAAACAGGUUGGAAUACAAGCAGUGUCAAGAAUUUGCAUUCAGGCGUGCAAAGCAAAGACAUCUUUCAAGCUUGGCUUUAAACAUUCUGGAAAGAGUUGGACGCAUCCCAAUUGCACUUUGGUCUUGUUUAACGUGAAGAAGGAAAGAACCUUUUCAUGGAGGAAAGAAUCAUUGCACAGAACGAGACAUGGUUUGCAAGAAUUUUAUCAACAGUGGCCUUUUCUUCUUGUAACUUAUGCUUGAUCCUUUCUGAACCUGAUUGAAACUUGAUUCGAAAACCCAGAUUAAACCCUGGGCUCUAUUAAAGAUUGUUAAAUGCAAUGCACUGCA